UUAACUGAUUUGUUUAGUGAGUGUAAGAAAUAAGAAAUAUGCCAGACACAGUGGUGCUCUAUGCCUACAAUUUAGUUGAUAAGGUAGCUCCACCAACGCCGAUAACAGCUUGGCAUUUGAGUGUUUUUGUGUUUGAUCGUGAAUUUUCUUACAAUGGAAGUGAUGGUGUUACUGUCACAAGUAACAAUGCAGAACCACACGACACUGAAAAUAUGGGUCGUACCAAUAAAACUAAGGAGAAGCUUCUCAAAUUUAUUCGUGUUUUGAGAAGAGAAUUUACAGUUUCGAACUAUAAUGCAUUGACCAACAACUGUCAAAGUUUUGCUCAAAGAGUACUGACUUUCUUAGGAAUUGAAAAACAAAUUCCUUUAAAGUAUACCCUGCUUCCUAAAGCAACGAAUGGAACUCUAGGACCUGCAGCUGGAUUUCUUGGUAUGCUGUUUAAGUCUUCAUCCUCUUCCUCUUCUUAAAAUGAUGCUAUUUGUGUAUAUUUAAUAUUUGUAAAAUUAUACUUAUAAGCAGCCAAAAAUAUUACUUUUGACAUUGACCGAGUUUAUAAUGAUAAUUUCAUGCUUAAUUUUGGCACACAAUUAAUUUUUAAAUAUGUAAAAAAAUGCUCCAUCAUGAAUAAUAUGUAAAAGUAAAUAAAAAAUACACGAACGAUAUUAAUCCGUAUACUCUUGAAAAGUAUGUAUUUAUCAUUUCACUAAAUCCAAUCCUAAUUAUUAUUUAUAUUUGUAUUUUAUUUUAUUACUAUUAUCAUUAUUAUGUCACGCAUAUUAUUUUAUAC